GUCGUACAAAACCACACCUGCCAACACCAUGGUAUGGUACUGUGCGGACAAGAGAUGCCCACCAAAAACAAGAGCAUGCUAUGGCUACAGAGAUACCACUGGGAAGCCACGUGGGGACAAGAUGUGUUUCGCACACAAGACACCCACUAUGAUCAGCCUGAAUGCGACGCACUGUAAGUACGCCGGUUGUAGAAGAUCUCCUUCGUACGGCUGUGUCUCCGAAUCAACGAAAGGCCUGAGAAUAUUUUGUUCAGAACACGGCAAAGGCAAGAAAGGGAUGAGCAACGUAAAGGACAAGAGGUGUGCCGAACCAGAGUGUAGAACCCUAGCCAACUAUGGUUUCGGCAAGAGCACGUACUGUGGCCUUCACAAAAAAAAUGGGAUGAGUAAACGCGCGGCGUCGGCAGCUGCUUCGGUGAUGCGGGGGCCGGUAGUAUCAUCGCCAGAAUCAGCAGCAACGGUAGUGGACACAUCGCCAGCAUCAGUAACGGUACGAGAGGAGGAUGGCGUGGGAGAGUUAGGGCAGAGACCAGCAUCAGCGGCAACUGGGUCCGUACAAGAUUCAGUGGGCGAGGGGGAAGGGGCAGCAGCGGCAGCAGCGGGCGAGGUGGGGCGAGGGGAACGCGAGGACACAUCUCCGGCGCCGGCAGCAUCAACAGCUGUGGGCGAAGGCGAGGGGGACGAGAGAGAAGAAUUGAGGAAGACGGUGGCGCGUUGGGUAGAACAAGAAUUAGCAGCAGCGCGCGUAGAGGGGGAGGGGCAAGGAGAACCAACAGAGUCGGCGGUCAGUACAGCAGCGGCAGCAGGGAGCGUGCAGGGUGAGGGGGACGGGGCAGCAGCGGAAGCAGGGGAUGCAGCGGGUGAGGUGAAAGACACAUUUGCGGCUCCGGCAACAGCUGCACCAACAUCGCCAGCACCAGCACCAGCGCCAGCACGAGCGGCACCACAAGGCGUUGAAGGCAGUUCGGGCACCGGAGCGGCGGCAAGCGGGGGUGGGAGUGGUGGUGGAAGCGGGAGCGGAGGUGUUCAUGAACACGAGGAGUACGCCGUUCCCGUGGCCGAAGCGGACUCAGAUGACGAUGGUGCCGCCGUUGUGACGCCCGGACAAGGAGCGGAUCCUGAGCAAUCUGUCCUGGCGAGCGGUGAACGAGGGACAGUCGAAGAUGGAGCGAGAGAGGAGGAAUGCACGGCGCCAGCAACGGGUGGUGGGUGCAUUUCGAGCGGCGGCGGUGGCGGUGGUUGUGGAGGCGGCGAGAGUGGAACGGCAAUAGACGCCGCGACAUCGGUGUCGGCAGCAGGAGCAGCAGGAGCCGGAGGCGUAGAGAUGGCGUCAUCCAGCAACCUAGAGCUCCUCGCCACCGUCUGUCUGCUCGAGGAAAACGGGAGUUGUGGAGGGAUCGAGAGCGGCGAUGGCGGCGAUGGAGCCAGACACGAGGAAACGGUUCCGAUCGAAGACGGUGCACCGGACCUUUCACAAGAGCUCGUGGCCACACAGGUGAAUGGCAGUCAGCCAGUGGUGGAAGGUGACGUGACUGUGCAGGCAGCGGGAGAGGCCGGUACCGUCGACAUGAUGCCGACCUCUGUCGAGUCGGCGGAUGUGGCACAAUGGCCAGGCAGCAGCAGCAGCCGCAGCCGCACCGGCGGUGGGAGCGAGAGCGGGAGCGGGAGCGGGAGCGGGAGCGGGAGCGAAAACGGAGGUGGCGCUGAACACGAGGAGGACGCCAUUCCCGUACCCAGACGGUCGGGCAGGGUGGUGGGCUUUUCUGCGCUGGAAUCGCCCAGCGUGGUCCGCCUGCUCGACCAAAUUCGGGCGGACGACCCAAGGGUAAAGGUUCUGAAGCUUCACGACUACAUCCCAGCGGACGUGGGCACGAUUAUCAUCGAUGCCGUGCUGGAGGCGUUGAUGAUCAAUAGCAACUGUCAAGCUCUCUACAUUCAGAACGUAAGCAAUGGUUUUCGAGACGAACAGCUUAUGAGGCUGGCCGAGGUGCUGCGCAGGGGCUUGAUUUGGUGCCUGAAUGCGGGAGAAAACUCCGAGAUCAAGGCGUCCACGUGGUGGAACUUCGUCGAGGAGAUACAGAACACAAACGUCACGCACGCUUAUCUCAGCGAGGGAUCGGUCCCUAGCGGCCUCAAGAACGCCAUGCAGAAGGCCAUCCGUCGCAACAGACUCAAGCACGACCGCCACCUGUCGGCUUCAAAUGUCGACGUAAUACAGCGAUGUACCCACAUGUGGUGGAACCCCAUACGCUCCAAGAAACUGCAGGCGGAGCUGAAAGCGGCCGAAGUAGCAGCGAAGGGGAGAAGCGGCGGCAGCAGCGGCAGCAGCAGCAGCGGAGGCAACAGCGGAGGCAGCAGCGGAGGUAGCGGCGGCCGUGGGAGCGAAGACGAUGAGAGCGCAAGGGUAUCAGGGUCGGAAGCAGGAGGAGCAGCAGCACGAGAAGCAACCGCCGAGAAGCCGAGCGGGGGUGGGAGUGCGGGCGGGUGUUCCACCGCUGCCAAGGGUAAGGGAAAAAGAAAAGCGGCGACUACGUCUACGCAGGAGCAGCCGGGGAAGAGAGCAGCUGGGCGAAAGGCGACAAGGCGUCCAAAGCCGGCCACCGAGGAAGAGAUUAAAGCCGACGAGGAAGCGUACACGCACAGCUUGAAAACCAUGGAGAGCUUUGCGGCCCGGCAGAAGAAAGAUAGUGAAGAGUUUGCGCGGAAAGAAAUUCACCGACGGGUGAAUCAGCCGGUCCGUAAACGCACCUCCGAGCAAAAAAAGGUUGACGAUGAGGCGAAGCGCCUAUGGGAGCGUCUACUGGAUGUUCCCAUCCGUUUCCUGGAUGCUCCCAUUCAAACCGGGAGCGAUGGUGCUGUGGCUGAGCGCGCCGCUGGUGCUGUCACCGAGGGCGCUCCCAUUCAAACCGGGAGCGGUGGUGAUCUGGCUGAGCUCGCCGCCGCCGCUGUCACCGAGGCCAUCUGCAAUGCUGGCGCCGAGCUGACACCGACACUAGCCGGUGAACCUGCCGCCGCCGAUGCUGAAACCGUCACGGGUGAUGCUCGCGACGGUGGCGUGUCGAGCGGCGGGCGGGGACAAGAGCACCAGCAAGAUAAGGCGGCACAAAGGCAGAGAAAUUAUAUGCUGAAUUGGACCCCGCCUUUCAGGGUUGUCUCGGGCCUCCCGCGAAAUAAUCCGGACUUUGACCGCCGUUUUGUUGAGGCUCGCGAAAAAACGGUGCGGCCUGUAGUGGGACGGCCCGGGUGGAAGCGGCGGUAGCUGAUGGGGCGUAAUGCGGUGGCUGGAAUAAGCUUGCGGCUAUCAGAGGCGUCCCGGACGCGGGAGGGGCGGGUAUGGGGGAGGGAGUGUUGACCGGUCACAAAAAGAUUAAAUACCAACUAAUGUACGGCAGUUGCUGUUUCCUCAGCUCGUGCAGAGCGAAGAAAUACGGGCGGAACGCAUGGAGCGAGCACUGGCGAAGAGGUUGAGACGAUAGGCGAGGGAGGAGGGAGGGAAUCUGGGGAUCGGAAUAGCUGAUCCUGGAAAACAACAUGACGGUGAGUGGCGUGGCAAUUUGGUGUGUGUUCGUUUCCCUUUUUUCUACGGCGGCAACGGCUUGAACUUAACUUUUUGGGCCAGCCAUAGCGCGCCAAAGUAGCAUGAGUUUGACGAUCGGCACCGCCUGUGCCGCGCGCCCAAACUGUUUGGGCUGUUUUGACGGCGACCACAUACCCCGAAACGACCCCGACUGAAUCAAUUUUGCCUUGCUUGUUGGAAUUCGAACAGGCGCUGGAAGGCUACGCCCCCCCGCCCCGCCUAGAUCGCCACCGUCGAGGAGAAUGUGGCAUACACUGGAAGAAGGUGGCUGCUGCAGUGUUCUUGAGAGCUAGUUGAAGGCUUUUGUUUUUCGAAGCGGAAUUCCGGCGGGGACAUGGGAAAGAGGGUAUAUAUUGAAGGGCGGUGGCCACGAAGGUUGCGGGAGUGCGACAAGCGUGAUAUUGGAAGCGGUUUGGCUUCGGUCGAAACUCUGGGCAGUUUGAUUUUGUAUCAGUGCAUCAGACAGCAGGGCGAUAGCUCUCCCCACGGCUGGCCUCCGGUGAUGCGGCGUACUUUGGGGUGUUUCGGGGACAUGCCAUGUAGCAUUUGAAUAUAUAUUUUUGUUGGUGUCUUCACGUUACGAAUGGCCCCGAUCUCUGCUCAUUACUCUCUGUCUUAAUCCAACCAACUCCUCCGCGCGCUACCAGAAAAUCAGAAAAAAGCAAACGCUCCGGACAAAACACCAAAACGCAACAAUCGACGGAAGGCAGGGUAAACAUUUAUACAUCAGCGACAAUCGGAGCCGAUCGCUCCUACUAAUUACAACUGAUGAGGCGAGCGCCACUAGCAGCAACAUUUUUGCUGCAGCGGUCGGCCAUUCCCUCGAGUUCCUGGACACAAUCUUCGAGGGGAGAAACGUUGAUCAUCAGGGUCGCCUGCAUGGUGAUCCCACAGCACCACUCGCAAAGCUUCUCCAGCUUGACUUGGUUGUCACUGGCCUUGUCCACCAUACCCUUGGCAUUCAGCACCGCUUUGCAGAGAUCCCCACGAAUGGCAUGUCCUCGCCGAUCUUGAGGAUGCUUGUCGUGACCUCAAUCACGGUCGUAGCCUUGGUCGAAACGUACCCGUUAUUGUAGUAUGCGCAGGGAGGGAGGCACUGCUUUAGUUCGGCAUACGGUUCAGCCGCCGGAGAGAAGUGCACACGGCAGCGCUGCAACACGUGGGUGUGAAGAAGGUGUGGUGAAAGCCCUUUUUGCAAACACAAGAGAGGGGAAAUGAUUCCGCUAUGGUCUGACAUGUUUCGGGAUGGGAUCGGGAAUGUAGAUGGUUUGUAACCAAGGCUUUUGGAGGGCGUCUCAAGUCGCCUACACUGGCGGCGAGAUGGCUCAUGAGUGAGGAAGCGUGCUCCCGGCACCCUAAGACCUAGUCUAUUGAGACACAUAACUAACCGCGCGCGCCCCGAAGUCUGUUGUGGCUACCCUCCCCGUGGGCGUAGCGUUGCGGACAAACGAGAAGUUUUGUUUGGCUCCCCGCCCCGGCGUACGUAGCGUCGCGGACAAGUAGAGGAGAUGGUGUCCGUCCCCCUCCAAGAUACAAAAGCACCUAUACCACAGCGGAUUCUUUGCGAUGACGUUUAGUUCUCUCUCCCUGCUGUUGUGAGAGAGGCAGACGAUCUGCAACUUUUUCUGUCUGCGCGUUGAUCCAAAGAUCAAUCGACACUUCAAAAUUGUAAGCUGAAGCCUUGUGAGCAUGUGUCUAGGGGACGUCUCACAGCAUCUUCGAAGUACACCGGAGCUGAUUCCACGGCAUAGCUGUCGCACACGUACGAAUCUACUGCGCAUUUCUUCUGCUGACAAAAAAACAGUGACGGAGAACAAGGUUGCACACCUCCUCCGGCUGGUUUCCACGUCCACUGCAAGCAUUCGCUUACACUGGCAUACGAGAUGGUUCAUCAGCGCAACAGCCACCUCCCGGCACCGUGCUUUCAAUCAGAUACUUCACUUACGAUGCACGCCCCAAUGGCAGGUUUCGCUCCUGCCCGUUGUGGGUUGCGGACAAACAGACAGGUGGGACCUGCCCCCUCCCCAGAAAAAAGCUUCGAGUUCAAAAGAAUAAGCCGCAGCUCCACAUCACUUUUACGCCGGUCUUAGUGCAAGGAUGGUGGAGAUGCGGUCCUGUGGGUCGUUUCUCAGCAUGUGC